UCUUUCAGUUACCGAGAGAGGGAAAGAGAGGGGGAGAAGAGAGAAAGAAUCGAAUCGCUUGGUAUAUAAGCCAUUGGAGAGAAAGCGAAUUUAGAGACAGAGAGAGAGAGGGGAAGAGAGAGAGAGAGAGAAGGUGAGGGAGGGAGGGAGGGAGAGAUUCGGGAGAUACUUUAGGGGUUCUCGAGAGUAAGAGAAAGACGAAGAACCGCAGCCAUGGCAGAUGAUUCUGUUUCCGUGGAUAUGGAGACGAUCUACCUUGGUGGAAAGGAACAUCAUGUACAAACUGGCUGCGGUUCUGUGUCUGUUAUAGUUUGCGGUGAUCUAGACAAGCCUGCUCUGAUAACUUAUCCUGAUUUAGCUUUAAAUCAUAUGUCUUGUUUCCAAGGAUUAUUUUUCUGUCCUGAAGCUGCUUCCUUCCUGCUUCACAACUUCUGCAUAUACCAUAUCAGUCCUCCUGGGCAUGAGUUGGGAGCUGCUUCAAUUUGUCUGAAUGAUCCUGUGCCUUCUGUUGAUGACUUAGCAGAUCAGAUCAUUAAGGUUCUCGACUAUUUUGGGCUUGAUGCUGUGAUGUGCAUGGGAGUGACAGCUGGUGCUUACAUCCUUACGUUAUUUGCUAUGAAAUAUAGGGAACGUGUUCUUGGAUUGAUACUUGUAUCCCCUGUAUGUAAAGCACCUUCAUGGUCUGAGUGGUUCUGUAACAAGGUGAUGUCGAAUUUGCUAUAUUUCUAUGGAAUGUGUGGUUUGCUUCAGGAGUUUUUGCUUCAGCGAUACUUCAGUAAGGAAGUUCGUGGUAGUCCAGAAAUUCCAGAAUCUGAUAUAGUACAAGCAUGCAGAAGAUUGCUUGAUGAGAGGAAAAGCAUGAACGUUUUGCAUUUUCUUCAGGCAAUUAAUAGGAGACCGGACAUUUCCAACGGGUUGAAGAGUCUCAGAUGUCGAACUCUUAUAUUUGUCGGGGACAGCUCUCCUUUCCAUUCAGAGGCUCUCCAUAUGACCUCAAAAUUGGAUAGAAGAUAUUGUGCCUUAGUUGAGGUCCAAGCUUGUGGAUCGAUGGUAACGGAAGAGCAGCCACAUGCGAUGUUGAUACCCAUGGAGUACUUCUUCAUGGGAUAUGGGUUAUAUAGGCCGUGCCAGUUUAGUGACAGCCCAAGGAGUCCGCUCAGUCCUUCCUGUAUCUCGCCAGAGCUUCUAUCUCCUGAAAGCAUGGGGUUGAAGUUAAAACCUAUAAAGACCCGUGUGUAGAUUCAAGUAUAAGUGGGAAAGAGGUAGGAUUCACUUGAUUUGAGUUCUUACAAUUUUUUUGGGGAGUUCUUUUUGAUUUGUUUAGAAGGAUAAGGGGGUGGAGGGGUUGUAGAUAGAAGAAGGGAAUAUGGGGUGAGAAAACUUGCAUUCAUUCAUUUGUAGUCAGUCAUAAGGGAUAUGUGUGCUGUGCUGCCUGUAAAAUCUGAAGUGGACUGAAAUUUGUUUAUGACGACGAGCAACCAAUAAUAGAGAGAGAGGAACUCCCCAAACCCCAAUUGAUUGAAAGAUUUAA